AGAUGUCUACGAAAAUCGUAAAGGAGACGACUUGUGGUUAUAGUCUAUAUAGUUUGGACCCCUGAAGUUCCCAGAAAGCAAAACACUGAUAUUUACUGUCAAUCUACUCAGUUGUCAAACUCGUGUGCUUUUCUCGUAAAAUAACCUCAAAACUAAGAGGAUCAGGGAUGCUUUCCUCCACAAAUCGAAACAAUAUGUAAUUUCGUAUUCUUAUUUACGUUAAGUGAAAUUUACGAAUAAAGUUCCGCGUUUAGUUUUAUUUAUUGAUGUAAAAACGCGCAUAUACAAUGGGUAAACGUAAAGGAAAAUGUGCGAAGAAAAAUAGCACGACCAAGCAAAGCCUAGAGCCUGAGAACCUGGUUAAGGCGCCGCACUCCUUCGUGAUCCACCGGGGGCACUGCGGGAAGGACAUCAUCGACCUCACCAAGGACUUCCGCAAGAUCAUGGAGCCGUUCACAGCAUCACAGCUUAAAGAAAGGAAAAAGAACACAAUCAAGGAUUUCCUGUCAGUGUCAGGCUACCUACAUGUGUCGCACAUGAUGGUGUUCACAGAGACUGAAUUGGGGUCCUACUUGCGGCUCGCGCGCCUGCCGCGCGGGCCCACACUCACCUUCAAAAUACAUAAUUACAGCCUCGCGCGCGACGUGGUGUCCUCCCUCCGCAAGCAGUACGUGAUGAUGAAGGCCUUCCAGCACGCGCCGCUCAUCGUGCUCAACUCCUUCUCCGGCGAGGGCAUGCACAUGAAGCUCAUGGCCACCAUGUUCCAGAACAUGUUCCCCACCAUCAAUAUCACCACCGUAAAAUUAAAGAACAUCCGCCGCUGCGUGUUGAUGAACUACAACCCUUCCACAAAAAUAAUCGAUCUGCGGCACUACGUCAUCCGAGCGACGCCCGUCGGACUUAACAAGGGCACCAAAAAAAUAGUUCAAGGCAAAAUACCAAAUUUAAAUCGCUGCAAAGACAUGUCGGAAUUCUUUGACAAAGCGGCCCUAUUGUCCGAGAGCGAGUUCGAGGACGACCCGGCGUCGCAAGUGCUCCUGCCCCAGGCGCUCGCCUCGCGGGGCGCCGCGCAGGACUCCAAGUCGGCCUUGCGCCUCUACGAGCUCGGCCCGAGGAUAUCUCUGCAGUUGAUCAAGGUCGAGGACGGGCUCAUGGACGGCGAGGUACUGUUCCACGAGCUGAUCGAGAAGACUGAGGAAGAGAAGGCGGCCAUCAAGAAGAAGAGGGACGCCAAGAAGAAGCAGAAAGAAAGUCGCAAGGCGCAGCAGGAGCAGAACGUCAAGCGGAAACAGAGGGAGAAGGAGGAACUGAAGCAGAAGGCGCUCGAAGGCAUCAAGAAGAAGCGGGAGGUGACGGAGAGCCAGCGGCUGAUGGAGCUGGCCGACGCCGAGUCGCAGGCCGGGGAGGGGGGGGAGGACGACGACGACGACGACGCCGGCUACUACCGCGAGGCCGUCGGCGCCGAGCCCGACCGAGAUUUAUUCAGUGCUCCGCGGAAACGAAGGGCCGGCGACGACUCCGUGCGCGGCUUCAAAAAGAUGAGACUCGACAAUAAACUGCAGAAGAAAUAUGACCCCAGUCAAAAGGGCGGCUCGCAAAGCAAGGAUGGACGCUUCCAGAAUAAGGGCAGGCAGUUCCAAAAUAAAGACGGCGGGAGGAAGUUUAAUAGAAAUAAAGACGACAGAGAAGGUGGCGGAAAGAAAUUCCAAAACAAGAAAGAAGGAUUCCACAGUAGGGAAGGCGGAAGAAAAUUCAAUAAAAACCAGGACGGAGGAAGGAAUUUCCAAGGAAAUAAAGGCAAAGGAAGGGAUAAGAGUUUUAACAAGCCUAAGAAGGUGUUUGGAGGCAAAGUGAAUAAGUUCAAGUCUGGUAAACAGGGCAAGAAAGGUCGCAAAUGACAAUAAAUGGAUCUUCUAGUAA